AACACUUAUUGUUAGUUAUCAGAUGCAGUCUCACGAGCGGGAUCCAUCCGCGGUAGAACCGCGCUAAGAGUUCCGACAUCAUUAGUCCCGGAGAUCAAUUCUCGAAUAGUUCUCAUUGGCUUCUUAGUCAUCGUCGGACGACGGAGGAAUGCAUUGUUUCAAUUGAAUGAAAUCUCCAAGUUCGUUUCGAAUCUGCCUCUGUGAAUGUAGCAGGUGGGAGCAGUUCUUCGACUCCUCGUAGAAUUAGGCGUAUAAUAAUCGAUUCUGAAGGUCUCUCUCCUUUCCAGCGAUGACGGCUGUGAUAUCGGCAGCAAAUCUCAAUUUACAAUCUAUAAUUGAGAGUGAAGAUGAACAUUUCGAGGAUGCAGUCUGCUCGAUGGAUGUUCCUUCAUUACUGGACUUGGUGUCGACGCUGCAGAAUGCGAUGGCCGUGGAACAGAGAUAUUUCGAUGCACUGAGUCAGAAACUGGAAUCUGUACCACCGUCCUCGGUGGAAUACCAAAAGCUCUCAACGGCUCUCUGUGCCUCGCAAUUACAACUUGCUAAACUCUGUACGCGCAACAUGCGCUGUUUCACUCAGCAAGCCAUAAGAGCCCGAGAGGAUCCCGCGAGUCUGGUCGCCGGCAACAGUAAGCAGCCUCCUAUUUUUCCCAUAUUAAUUUAAUUUCCAGCGGGUCAAUCAAUAUGCCCCGGGAUCCCGACUUACCUCAAGGCUUCGUCCUCGCCGGUUUUCGAUUACGAUGAUAAUCUGAUGCAUGACUUCAACACUGUCGAGAGACUCACGCAGGAUCAGGUGCAUAACUUGAUCGCGGCUAGUGGUUUCGAUAACGUGGAUGCGCAACUACGUCAUAUGUUAGAAGACGGCUCGAGAAAGAACAACAACGGAGUAACGUUGAACGAUGGCGACGAUAUCGCUCUGGACAUCGCUCUGAACUCUCACGACGACGACACUGAUGAUGUCGAUCAGUACGACUUUUACUUGAACGAUCCGACCAAAGAGCUGGAAGUUAUUCCCGAAGAAGAACGUGAAGAACAAUACUACGAGGAACCACAGAGGCGUAAGAUCCAGCCAUUGAGACUACAAGCCCACCUCAUGGGAUCCCUUAGGAGUCAGUCGUCGAGAUUCGACUCGUCGCAGCUACUCGACAUGGAUGCCAGUUCCGAAAGCUCGGACAGCAACUCGGUGAACACCGUUGUCACGGAGAUCAGAAAUCAAUAUCCGAGGCCGACCAAGAAUAACCAGAAUAACGGCACCAACGGCACUGCGAAUGUCGAAACCCAUAAACUUUUAGAGGAGCGCGCGGAGAAAGUCCGAGCAGCGAUGGAAAAGCUCAUUCGAGACCACCAACCGAAAAUUUCUCAUUCGGCGAACCUCUUGACUCUGAUAAAGAAUUUCGAGACCAUCGCGAAUAACAACGAAAAGGUUUUCGAGCGUAUUCGGCAUCACCAAGCGCCUCCCCGGAGGAAAAUCGUUCCCGCCACGUCUUACAUAAAUCAAUCGUCCGAAUCAGCCGACGAAAGAUCCGCCGUCGUUAAUUUUCUCAACCCGGUGACAGUGUCGAUGUCUAAUGCAAAUCGUCCGAACGCGGCAACAUUCGCGAGAGAGAGCAUUUUCGAAGCCUCAGAGAGCCUUAAACCGGUCACAAUUCAUCGCUUGGAAAUACCGAGCCCUGCGAACGACGUCCCGGACGGUGGGCUAACGACGAACUUGACGAACCAAUUAGGGAAUAUGAACUUCUCAUUGAAGUCGAAAGUGGAAAACACGCUGGCGACUAAUGAAACCUGUUACGAUCGGUCGCACCUUUCCGAUCGAGACUCACGAGAUAGAGGGGACCAGACAGUCGUUGGAGCCCAAGCUUUGGUAGAAAACAUGGACGAUCCUCUGGACUCGCUCGCAAACUCGAAGUGGUCGAAGUCGCUGAGUUCAACGAAUCUGUGCGGUAGUGAAGCACUGGUUUCGUUGUUGAAGACCAUGUACGUCCUGCCCGAGGUUCAACCGAUUGAGGCACCUCCCAGCUUCGGAGGCUAUGCGAACAUCGUGCUGCACUCGAAAUUCCGGGAGAAGUAUCUUCGACUCGAGGACGGCAAACUAAAAGUUUACGAGGGAGAAUUCACGGAGAGGCCCUUGCAGAAAAUCGACCUGACGGGGAAGUGCUCCCUACAGAUUUUGGACGACAGAAGUAUCGGUUUGGAAUUUUCCUCACCGACGAGCCCAAUCCAGGCGACUGUGAUACAAUUGCCCGCCACCCGUGAUCGAGAUACAUGGUUUCAAUACCUCGUCAAGCAUGCCGAUAUCAGUCUGAAUUUCGUUGUGCCUGCAGCACGUCCUCUGAGCAGCCAUAAGAAAUGCGUCGUCAUCGAUCUGGGGUCCUGUUCCAUCAGAGCAGGAAUACUCAUGGAUCAACCGACGCUACCGCAGAUUUAUUUUCCUUCCUUCUGUGCCAUUGACAAGACUUCGAAGAAGGUUUAUUUCGGAGAGGAUGCCCUCAACGAGAACAUUCGUAAAAACUGCCGAACCGUGUUUCCUUUGGCACCAGCGGACAAAGUGGUGAAACUCACAAUGGACGUUUCCUGCUUGUCUCACAUAGUCUACAAAAUAUUCAACGAUCUUCAUUUGACGCGGGCUCAGCUGAAGGACUAUAAUGUUCAGGUUAUACUCCCCCAAACCUACAGCUUAUCUACCCAAUCAGCUAUCGCAAAGCUGUUCCUGGAAGAAAUAGGAGUGCGCGGUAUCAACAUAACGCACCAAGCGAUAUGUGCCCUGUACGCCUACAACACGACAUCUGGAAUCAUUGUGGACAUCGGUAACAGAUUGGAUAUUCUACCGAUAGCCGAUGGCUAUGUCGUGGACUCUGGCGUUUCGAGACUCCUUAACGGAGAUCAAAAAAUUGUCCAGAAUUUGGCUCACGAACUCGCGCAGAAAAGGGUUUCGCUUUUCAACCAAUUGGACGUCUACAUGCUACGCCAUAUAUUCCAAAAACUGUGUUAUGUAGCUCCGGACUAUACGGCCGAGCUCCACAAGUUCAACGCCGACCCGAAGAGCUUCUCAAAAAGCCUCCGGCUUUCCGGUGUUGGUCUGCAGUCCGGUCCAGAUGCCGUCAUCGAACUUGAUCAGGCCCGUUUCUCGGUCCCCGAGGGCUUAUUCCAGCCGCAGUUAUGGGGCCUUGAUUGCACCGGUCUCAGCAAGCUCAUAGCGAAGGCGGUCAUGCAGACAUCCAUCGAUAUGCGCAAGCAGAUGGCACGCAGCAUAUAUCUGAGCGGAGGUCUUACCCUCGUUCCCGGACUGCGAGAGAGAAUCAUCAAGGACGUGUCGAAGAACGUCCAUCCCGCGUUGAAAAUUCAAGUGCACGCAUCGCCGUAUCGUGAUCACAUGUCCUACAUCGGGGCUUGUACCAUGGCGACAACGGGGGCUUUUGAUCGACAAUGCGUGAAAUUGUCUCAAUGGAGUCAGAAACCGGAAGAUUGUUUCAAGUUCUGGCACGUUGGCUGAAACCCAAGAUCGCAUAUGGAGGAAUAGGCUCUCAACGAACUUAAACGCUGGCAUACUCUAAGGAAGUGGAACCUGAGAAGCCGAUGUAAUCUACUAGCAGCUUAAAACUCACAUUCCAUCCGGCGAAGGCUAUUCUGGAAUUUUAUGUAAACUUGUUCAUAGAAA